ACAAUAACUUUUAUUUUUCACCUGGAUGGGCAUUGAAACAAAAUCAAAAAUUUGGAAUAAAAAGUGAAAUACAAAUAGUGAAAAGAGUAAUACAAUUAAUACAAGGAUAUUUUCAUUUAGGUAAUGCAAAUCAUUAUGAUCGUUAUACUGCAGAAAGAAUGCUUAGUAAAUUGCAAGCUUUAGCUAUAUCAGGAAAAGAACUUUAUAGUAUUAUGCUACCUAAAAUACAGAUUAUUAGAAAUUAG